GGUCACUGGGCUAUAAACUGUGAACAAAUUCCACAACAUUAUCGUGGUUAUUGUUUUCGGUGUUGGGAAACUGAUGAACAUAUGGUUAAAGAUUGUCUAGCCGAAGAAGCUACCAAACCACCUUGGCUAACAAUUCAAGAAUAUCAAAUUUUGCAAAAAACUCAAUUACAGUACCAUAGGUGGUAG